GUGUCUUCAGUUCUUCCGCGGCCCGGUGCUCGGGCCGUGAUGGCGGACGCCUGGGAGGAGAUUAGGCGGUUGGCGGCUGACUUCCAGCGGGCGCAGUUUGCUGAGGCCACGCAGAGAUUGUCGGAAAGGAACUGCAUUGAAAUUGUGAAUAAAUUGAUUGCUCAGAAACAGCUAGAAGUAGUUCACACACUUGAUGGAAAGGAAUAUAUAACUCCAGCUCAAAUUAGCAAAGAAAUGAGAGAUGAACUACAUGUUCGGGGUGGUCGAGUAAACAUUGUUGAUCUACAACAGGUUAUUAACGUGGAUCUGACUCAUAUUGAAAAUAGAAUUGGUGACAUUAUUAAAUCAGAAAAGCAGGUUCAGCUAGUGUUGGGACAACUGAUAGAUGAGAACUAUUUGGAUCGGUUAGCAGAAGAGGUAAAUGAUAAAUUGCAAGAAAGUGGCCAGGUAACCAUAUCAGAACUGUGUAAAACUUAUGAUCUUCCUGGAAACUUUCUGACACAGGCACUAACUCCGCGGCUAGGUAAAAUCAUUAACGGGCACAUCGAUCUUGAUAACAGAGGAGUGCUUUUCACUGAAGCGUUUGUGUCUCGACAUAAAGCACGCAUCCGUGGGCUCUUUAGUGCUAUUACCCGGCCAACAGCAGUAAAUCCUUUGAUAUCAAAAUUUGGAUUUCAGGAGCAGCUCCUUUACUCUGUGCUUGAGGAACUUGUUAAUACUGGGCGUUUAAGAGGCACCGUGGUUGGUGGGAGACAGGACAAGGCGGUGUUUGUCCCUGACAUCUACUCCAGAACGCAGAAUACUUGGGUGGAUUCCUUUUUCAGGCAGAAUGGCUAUCUAGAAUUUGAUGCUUUGUCCAGACUUGGAAUCCCAGAUGCUUUAAGCUACAUAAAGAAAAGAUACAAGACUACACAGCUCUUGUUUUUGAAAGCAGCUUGUGUUGGUCAAGGACUUGUGGACCAGGUGGAAGCAUCAGUAGAGGAAGCCAUCAGCUCUGGAACAUGGGUUGAUAUUGCACCUCUGCUGCCUAGUUCUUUAUCAGUUGAAGAUGCUGCAAUGUUGCUUCAGCAGGUGAUGAGAGCAUUCAGCAAGCAGGCUUCAGCCGUAGUCUUUAGUGACACUGUGGUAGUCAGUGAAAAAUUUAUAAGUGAUUGUAUAGGACUGUUCAGUGAACUGAUGCACCAGAAAGCUGAAAAGGAAAUGAAAAAUAAUCCUGUCCAUUUAAUCACUGAAGAAGAUCUGAAACAAGUCUCUAUUUUAGAAAGCAGUACUACAGGUAAAAAGGAUAAAAAAGAGGAACGAAGAAGAAAAGCAACAGAGGGCAGUGGAAGUGUGAGAGGAGGAGGUGGGAGCAAUGCCAGAGAGUACAAGACUAAGAAAACUAAGAAGAAGGGACGGAAAGACGAUGAUAGUGAUGAGGAGUCUCAGUCAUCUCACCCAGGAAGAAAAAAGCUGGAAAUCACGUUCAUGCCCCAGGAAGAGGUUGGAGAUUUUUUAAGGAAGCGUAUACAGGAUGCUCCUGAAGAGUUUAUUUCUGAACUUGCUGAACACUUAACUAGACCUCUUAAUAAAAGCUAUCUUGAAGUGGUACGAUCAGUAUUCUUAUCUUCAACUUCUUCUGCGACUGGAACUGGUAGAAAACGCACACUCAAGGACUUGCAAGAAGAAGUUUCAAACCUGUACAAUAAUAUUAGAUUGUUUGAAAAAGGGAUGAAAUUGUUUGCAGAGGAAACACAGGCUGCCCUCACUAAGCACUUGCUGAAGACAAUCUGUACUGAUAUCACUAACCUCAUUUUCAACUUCUUAGCUUCGGAUUUAAUGAUGGCAGUAGACGAUCCUGCAACCAUUACAAGUGAAGUAAGAAAAAAGAUUUUAAGUAAAUUAUCAGAAGAAACCAAAGUAGCACUCACAAAACUUCAUAACUCUCUGAAUGAAAAGAGCAUAGAAGACUUUCUUGCUUGUCUGGAUUCUGCAGCAGAAAUUUGUGAUAUUAUGGUGAAAAAGGGAGACAAAAAAAGAGAAAGACAGAUACUGUUCCAACACCGACAAGCACUGGCAGAGCAGCUAAAAGUCUCAGAUGACCCAGCUCUUAUUCUGCACCUCACGUCAGUCUUGUUGUUUCAGUUCGUAACUCACAGCAUGCUCCAUGCACCUGGAAGAUGCGUUCCACAGAUCAUUGCUUUCCUGAACAGUAAAAUUCCAGAGGAUCAGCAUGCUCUUUUGGUAAAGUAUCAAGGUUUGGUUGUAAAGCAGUUGGUCAGUCAGAGUAAGAAAGGUGGGCAAGGAGAUGACCCCUCAAGUGAGGAGCUGUCCAAAGAACAAGAAGACACCACCAGUAGCACUCGUAAAGAGCUCCAGGAACUUUCUCCGUCCAUUAAAGACCUUGUUCUCAAAUCCAGAAAGUCUUCUGUCACAGAGGAGUAAUGACCUUAAUUGACUUGUGUAGUAAGCAUUUUCCACAAAGCUAACUCUGAGUGGUUAAAAAAAAAAUCAGUUCACAAAUCUUUAUCCCCUGUAACACCCCUUCUCUCCCCCCAAAAUUCAGGUAAAAGUUGAAAUUUUGUAUAUUGAACUUUCCACGAGGACCCUCCUGUCCACGUUAUAAUUUUUAAAUUAUACAGUUGGGGUUGAUUUUCUUUCUAGAUGUUGACUUAGAGAAUAAAAUUUCUGAUAUCUUUCA